AUGGCUACAGCUCCGUCAUCUUUUGCUGAACUCUGUGCUGUGUGCGACAACCGCACGACCAAGAAGUGCGGCGCCUGCAAGGAGAUCCGUUUGUGUUCGCCCGAGUGUCAACGACUCGUGUGGUCGACGCACAAGUGGCUCUGCCGCAACAAGGGCAAAACGUUCUCGCACGCCCCGCUCACCGACGUCGAACUUUGGUGGCUUCUCACGAUCUUCCUCGACGGCGGGCAAGACGGCGCAAUGUCGCGGCCAUGGAACUGGCCGGAGCAGCUCGCGCAUGACGGCUUGAUGAAGGGUGAAGAGACGCUUCCGGACUUUCUCGCUGAGCUGCAAAAGGACGACUGUACUAUCUCCGAGCCAAGGCGGUCCUUCCUCCUUGCCGAGCUUCGCGGCAACUUGAUCCGCGCCCGCGACUACGGCAUGAUGGAGAAUUUCCGCGAUCAGCUUCCGGAGGACGACGACGACACGGUCGGAAGCGAGAGCGCGGCGGAAGGUUCAGAUGCGGCAUUCAAGGGCGACGGAGUGGAAGCUGUUGCUGGACCUGACGGCGGAACGGAGGACGACGCGCACUCGAACUCGAGCGCCGACAGCGACGAAGACGGUCAUCCCUUCGCCGACGGCGAAGAAGUCCCUCCAUUCGAGCCCACUGCUUGGAUGCACGUCGGUUCUGUCGCCCGCACCUGGAAACGCUUCGGUCCCAACAUCGGACCAGAAGCGGUGUGGCACAGUCGCCUCGACGGCGCCUUGCGUCUCCUCGCAAUCUACUCAGCACUCAAGUACAACCCCAACAAGGACAGUCCCGACAUCAUCAAUCGCAUGCGCAUCGUCAAGUCUCGCGUCCACGUGGCGAUUCGCAGCGCAGUCUCGUAUGCCGCAUCCGCCAACGAAUUGAUCCGCCACUUCGAGUCGCUCAAUUUCCUUGGUGGCGAGGGCAAUCACGCUGCACGGUUGACGGCUUUCACGGGAGACAGUAAGGUCAUCUUCAAGGGCGAUAAGGUCUUGGUUCACGAUGUUUAG